AUGCCUGCCUGCCUGCCGGCCCCCUUGCCCGCCCGCCGGCCUCCCUGGCCGACCGCCCGCCGGCCGGCCCCCCUGCCCGACCGCCCGCCCGCCGGCCACCCUGCCCGACCACCCGCCACCUCCUGCCCGACCGCCAGCCCGCCCGCCCGCCCUCGCAUCCGCCCGGCAGCCUGGCGUCCCGCCCGGGCAACUGGCAGACCGGCCGCCCGGCAGCCCGGCAGCCCGACAUCGUGGCCGCCCGCCCGCCCGCCACCCGGAUGCCCGGCCGCCCGCCGCCUAGCCGCCCGGCCCCCCGCCACCAGGCCGCCCGCCCGCCCACCCGCACUCCCGCCCUUUUGCCCGGCCGCCCGCCCGGCCGCCCCCCGCCCGCCGUCCCGCCGCCUGACCACCCGCCUGCCCGGCCGCCUCGCGCCCGCCGUCGGCCCGCCCGCCAGCCGCCUGACUGCCCACCCACCCGCCGCCUGGCCAUCCAUCCACAAAACCCGCCAGCACGCCCGUUCGCCCGGCAGCCUGGCCGCCCGGCCGCCGGCCCGACCGCCGCCUGACCACCCGCCCUUCCGCCGCUUGACCGCCCGUCCGCCCGCGUCGCGCUCGCCGCCGACCCUCCCACCCACCACCUGA